GUCGCAAAUUAUUACAUUGGAUGUAAGUAUGAAUCAUUGUUUAUUAACUCGCCGAUCGAUACCUACUUUAAAAAAAAUAAUAACUGCUUGCAUAAAAUAUAUCUGGGUGAGGAAUAAGACGCAACAAUAACAGCUUUAUGUUCUUUCAGAUUUGUUAACGUCCCGACUCUCAGCUAAAGUAUAAAAGAGAGAGUUUUUGAGCAGAAAACCCAAAGCCUGAGGACAAGAUACAUUUAUUUUGUCGGUUAUCAAAUCGAUUCAAUGUAUUGAACUCUUGCCGAAAACUAAUGUCUCUACCUCAGAAACAAUUCUUGAUCCGACCCGGAUUCGCAAUUGAGAUUUCGUUUGAUUGAAGAGAUGUAAGCUAUAUCUGUUGCUAAUGUUAUAACAUUUCUGCAUCUAGUCUGCUCCGGAUUUUUUGGAAGCAUAUCCUUAUUUUAUUCGAAUAAAUUUGUUGCAAUCAACUUUAAAUAAUAAAACAACACCAAGGAGUCCAGAACACUUCACAAGCUUUGUAAAUACCAUUAAAAUUCUGUAGAAUCUAUGUCCCAACGAAAAAAGAAAUACUUAAAGUCAGGAGUAUCCCACAACGAACAUUCGUUAAUUGUCGGUGUCAAAAAUCAAAUCUAUUUCCGAUGGACAAACUAGAUUUCAAAAUAUUAUUGUACUUACUGAAGCCUAAAUAGGAUCAACUUCGUACAAAAUGUGUACUAACAUCAACGUGACUUUGCCCACUGUGGUAUCGUUUUUACUAUUAUAUUCUUUAAGAUGUGGAUGUAUAAUCAUUUUGUUAUGGACUUUGCUUCGUGCGCUAUUCUUCUUGGUAUGGUGUAUGAUCACAGCCAUAGAAACAUUCUUGCCCCGGCCGCCGCCCCUCGGGGCAAUCUACCCAGAGAAACCAGGGUUACCUACCACGGACGACAACUAUUUCUUCGCGUUCGUCUCUUAUUUAAUAAUGAUUGUCACAGAAAGCUUUCUCACAAUAUUCACCAUUUAUUUAGGCAUGGGAUUGUAUUAUGACUCGCCAGGGCGUAUCGAACAGUAUUUAGUAUGCAGGUUUUGCACGUGGCUGGCCGAAAUUGUUGUUCUAGUGGUGUUGUGUCUGACGCACAACUACCUCAUUGGAUGGUACUUGGUGUUUCUCAUGAUUGUCAUUUUGGAAUUUUACGCGUUCAUCGUUGUGUACAGUUACUAUGUCGAUAUAGUGGAAGAGAAAGCAGCAAAGCAAGACAAUCGAUCGACAGACCCUACAACCUGUUGUUCGUGUUGAAAACAAUGUGUUACG